AUGACGUCACGGGCCGGGUACUGGAGGAGCCGGGAGCCGCUGUCCGCGGGCGGUGGGCUGCGCGACGUCUGCAGGGCUUGAUUCCCGGUCCCGCCCCGCCGAGCCCCGCCCCUCCGCCCGCGAAGAGUGCAGCGGGCGCAGCCACAGAGCCGCUGUCGCCGGGCCAGCCUAGGGCGGCCGGCCCGGAACCACCCGAUGAGAUUUCUUCUCUCUAGGGAUGGUGAAGUUUAACCCCCCUGCAGGAUGAACCCUGUGCCGGAAGACAUGGAGAACGCUCUCAUGGGGAGUCAGAGCUCGCACGCUUCCCUGCGCGAAGUCCAUUCCAUCAACCCCAGCCAACUCAUGGCCAGGAUUGAGUCCUAUGAAGGAAGGGAAAAGAAAGGCAUAUCCGAUGUCAGGAGGACUUUCUGUUUGUUUGUCACCUUUGACCUCUUAUUUGUAACGUUACUGUGGAUAAUAGAGUUAAAUGUGAAUGGAGGUAUUGAGAACACGUUAGAGAAAGAGGUGGUGCAGUAUGACUACUACUCUUCUUAUUUUGAUAUAUUUCUUUUGGCAGUUUUUCGAUUUAAAGUGUUAAUACUUGCAUAUGCCGUGUGCAGGCUGCGCCAUUGGUGGGCUAUAGCGUUGACGACAGCAGUGACCAGUGCCUUUUUACUAGCAAAAGUGAUCCUCUCAAAGCUUUUCUCUCAAGGGGCUUUUGGCUACGUGCUGCCCAUCAUUUCCUUCAUCCUUGCCUGGAUCGAGACGUGGUUCCUGGAUUUCAAGGUGUUACCUCAAGAGGCAGAAGAAGAAAACAGACUCCUGAUAGUUCACGAUGCCUCGGAGAGGGCAGCACUGAUACCUGGUGGUCUUUCUGAUGGUCAGUUUUAUUCUCCUCCUGAAUCCGAAGCAGGAUCUGAAAAUGAAGCUGAAGAAAAGCAGGACAGUGAAAAACCACUUUUAGAACUAUGAGUAAGACUUUUAUUAAUGUGAAAAACCUUCACUGAACGUCACCAGAGGGAAAAAAGGACUGAAACUGGGGGUCUCCCUAUUGAGGGUUGAAAUGGUGACAUCCACUGCUGACGUUACUGAACGGCUAAUAAAGAAUUUAUUGAUUGUAAUACCUCACAGACAUGGUACCAUCUCCACAUACAUUUAAUCACCUGCCUGUGGCUGGUAAGAUAAUGUCAUGAUCCAUCCUGUAUCCAGUGAGACUUGAGUCUGAUCUGUCAAUGAAUAGUUGCAGAAAGUCUUGUGCUGUGUUCCUGAUCAAAAGACUUCUUAAUAUAUUGGAAUAACACUUUUUUUAGUAUGCAAAAUAUCUUUUUAUUUUGACUUGCAGAAUGGAA